AUGGCACGAGAAGAGCCAUAUGUAUCCUUUAAAAACUUCGAUGCUAAAAAUUUUGAAACUCCUCCCUACACUCCAAAUGACCAUUUACUAUAUAGCAACCGGUCCCAGAUUAACUCUACUUUGAAAGCUUGUGAAGAUGCAUUGCACGAUGCAGAAACAGCAUGCAGACUCCAGCCAUACUGGUUAAAAGGUCACCUGAGGAAAGGACAAGCAUUAGCUAAUCUGGGGAAAACAGAAGAAGCUUUAAGAGAGUUUCUAUUCUGCCUUGCUCUAGAUACUGGGAACAAGACGGCCAAGUCAGAGGCCCAGAAGCUUCUACUUAGUUUGUUUUCACUCAUCCCGGGAAAUGCUCAGGAACACUUACCCGAUAUCCUGCAGCUGUUGUCACAUCACUCUAGAUUAAAGGGGAAUCUCCUAAAUUCAGUGGGAUCUGGAGGCACCAGCCAUAACCUACAAAGGUUGCUCAAGGUAAAUGUGGAACAGAAAAAGGGUUUUCCCAUUCAAGAGGAACCAAAUGUAACUACUUCUGGUAGUUUGAGGAAAUCUAUACAAAUUACAGAGAGCAAAAAGGACUGCUCAGAGGAGGAGAACAAACUUGCCUCCGUGCCAGAGUCUACCUUUCUCAUUUCUGAGAAGUGCAGCCUCCUGAAAAGGAAGUGCUGCUCAGAAGAGAGGCGAAAUGCUGAGGUACCCUGCAAACUGAUGAAGAAAGAUACAGUUGAUACUAAGGGAAGUAGUACUGGACAACAUACUCCAUUUGAAUUUGUGGAUCCAUCCGAUUUGGACUGCUCCCUGUGUAUGAGGCUCUUCUAUGAACCUGUCACUACACCUUGUGGACACACCUUCUGUCUCAAAUGUCUUGAGAGAUGCCUGGAUCACAACCCAAAAUGUCCCCUGUGCAAGGAAGGGCUCUCAGAGUGCUUGGCUAUGAGGAAAUAUUGUAAAACAGUACUAAUGGAGGAGUUAAUAGCUAGAUACCUUCCAGAGGAACUCACUGAAAGAAGAAAGAUUUAUGAAGAGGAAAUAGCAGAGCUUUCCAACCUAAAUAAGAACGUUCCUAUAUUUGUCUGCACAAUGGCUUAUCCUACAGUCCCAUGCCCUUUGCACAUCUUUGAGCCAUGUUAUCGCCUGAUGAUUCGAAGAUGCAUGGAGACUGGCACCAAACAAUUUGGGAUGUGUAUCAGUGACCCUGUAAAGGGGUUUGCAGAUUAUGGCUGCAUUCUGGAGAUAAGAAAUGUUGAAUUCUUUGCUGAUGGUCGCUCUGUUGUAGACAGCAUCGGCAAGAGGAGAUUUAAGGUGAUACAGCAUAGCCAGCGUGAUGGCUAUAACACAGCGGAUAUUGAGUACAUUGAGGAUCAAAAGGUGCAAGGACAAGAGUAUGCUGCAUUACUUGUUCUCCAUGAUUCUGUCUAUGAUCAGGCAUAUAUGUGGUUUAACUCCCUCAAGCAAGCACUCAAAAGUCGGAUUCUCAGUCAUUUUGGUCCAAUGCCGGCUAAGGAUCCUGACCCACAGGCUAACCCCAAUGGGCCAGCCUGGUGCUGGUGGGUCCUAGCUGUCCUUCCACUUGAGAACAGAGCUCAGCUCCCUUUCCUUGCCAUGAAAUCCCUCAAAGACCGCUUGAAUGGCAUCAGACGUGUCCUUACAUUCAUGUCUCGUACAAGAUCACGGUGAUGGUGAGGAGAGCUGCGAAGUCUCCCACAGUACUUGACUGUAGACUGUCUCUUGUAACUUCAUCUAACUGCAAUAAUGUCUUACAGAUUUGAGUGUCAGGAUGUUUCAAGCCUGAAUUUCAAAGAAAAUGAGUUAUAAAGAGCAAGGGAUGUUUAUGGAUACUUCAAUAGUUUCCAUCUGGAACUCCAAGAUGAUUAUUCAAUCACUGCACUGCUAAAUUAAUAACAAAUGUGAUAGAACAAAAAGUGAUCUUGUUUGCCAUAAACCUUUUAAAAAGCUUAA